GUGUGUGUUGCAGAGUGUGUGUAGCCUAGUGUGUGUUAUUAUAGUGUGUGUAGCCUAGUGUGUGUUAUUAUAGAGUGUGUGUAGCCUAGUGUGUGUUAUUAUAGAGUGUGUGUAGCCUAGUGUGUGUUAUGGAGAAGUAUGAGAACUUGGGUAUGGUCGGCGAGGGAAGCUACGGCAUGGUCAUGAAGUGUCGUCACAAGGAGAACGGGAGGAUCGUGGCCGUUAAGAAGUUUCUGGAGUCAGAGGACGACAAGACAGUCAAGAAGAUCGCUUUGAGAGAGAUCAAGAUGUUGAAGCAACUGCGCCAUGAGAACCUAGUCAACCUGCUGGAGGUGUGGAAAAAGAGACGUCGCUGGUACCUGGUGUUUGAGUUCGUAGAACGUACGGUGCUAGAUGACCUAGAACAGAGUCCAACGGGACUAGACUACAGCCGCCUGAGAAGAUACGUCUACCAGAUACUACGGGCUAUCUCCUUCUGCCAUCAACACAAUAUCAUCCACAGGGACAUCAAGCCAGAGAACAUCCUGGUAUCUCAGGGAGGGGUGGUCAAGCUGUGUGACUUUGGGUUCGCCAGGACAAUGGCUGCACCAGGAGAGAAUUACACGGACUACGUAGCAACACGCUGGUAUAGGGCCCCAGAACUACUGGUGGGGGACACCAAGUACGGGAAGGCGGUAGAUGUGUGGGCUGCAGGCUGUCUCUUCGUAGAGAUGUUGACAGGAGAACCUCUGUUUCCUGGAGACUCUGACAUCGACCAGUUAUACCACAUCAUCAGGUGCUUUGGCAACCUGACCCCUCCCCACCAGGAGUUGUUCUAUAAGAACCCAGUGUUUUCAGGAGUCAGUCUACCGGAAGUGACAGAGACAGAGCCUCUACAACAACGAUAUCCCAAACUGUCCACUACCGCUACAGACCUUACACAGAGGUGUCUCCAGAUGGAUCCAGACAGGAGGUCACAGUGUUCUGAUCUGCUGCAGCACCAACUCUUCACUAACGAUGGCUUCCACAUCAGGUUUGUCCAGGAGUUGAAUGCUAAGAUCCAGAAGGAUCAGAAAGAGAACUCUCCCCUUCCCAAGAUGAACAAGACUAUCAAGAAAGACAAGGAGGAAGUCGAGGAGAGGACUGGGAAGUACAAGGACUCCAGCAGUACAACAGUUACCAAACUCUCCAAAGCUCCAACCACCACAGAGUCUAAACCCCGAGACCCGGACAAGACAAUAGAGUCAACCACUACUAUGACCACUACUGCUGACUGGACCACAGAGAGCCACGCGGUCGCAGUUCACCACGGUCGAACCACCACUGUGAGUCUGAGCACCAUAGAGGACCACGAUCCAUCCGUAGGACCAACCCAGGACCAACCUCUACCUCUCAUCCCUCCCCUCUCCCUGACCUUCACACAGACACCUUCACACAACCUACUGGCUGUCGUCGCCCAUGGCAACGGCAACCUGGGCGGAGUUGGGGUGGGGCCUCAACCCGGAACACUCGGUCUGAGGUCAAUAGACAAGUCUAAAAGACACGUAAACAUUUUGAACAGAAUCUCACAGCAAUCUCUCUCCAGUCAUUUCACUGGCAAUCUGAUGGCUCAGAUGAUAUCAGAGAAGAGUGUGAUCCACGAACGUUCCUUCCUGUCCGACCGCGAGCGUGACCGAGGAGACCGUGAGCGUAUGGCUACGGUUGGGAAGAGGAAGCCAGACAUUCUCUUCCCUGAACUAAGAACCUCUCUGCUGCCUGAGAUACGAGGGGCUGAAGGUAAACAGACUAAACCCACCAGGACCAGAAGAAGGAGAGACACAUCCCCUCUAUAGCCACAACAGAUACACACCACUACACACUACAAUACACACCACUACACACUACAACACACACCACUACACACUACAAUACACACCACUACAACACACACCACUACACACUACAAUACACACCACUACA